UCUCUAAUGAAAUGGCAAAAGCUCUUUUUUGUAGCUUGAGAAGGGCUUCUUCACUUGUCAAGUUCAACUCUUUUUCAAUCAGGCCAAUUUUUGAAUACCCAGAAACAGUAUUGUCUCCAUUAAGGCAUGUGUUUCCACAGUGUUGGGUGUACAGAAAUUUGAGCCAUGGUAGAGUAAACCUGGUGAUAUUAGAUGGGAAACCCAAGUUUGAGACACAUGAAGCUGAUGCUCCAAAGAAGGAGAAAUGGCUGACUAAGAAGAGGCUGAAACUGCAGAGAAAGAGGGAGAAGGAGAAGAGGAGAGCUGCUAAUCGGAAAGACCCGCGUCGUCUUACGGUUAAGAGAAAGAAGCAGAAGUUUGCUAAUGUUGAAGAGAGAAUCAAAUAUAAGCUUGAGAGGGCCAGAAUCAAGGAAGGCUUACUAAUUGAAAGACUUAAGAGGUACGAAGUUCCUAAAGCUCAGGGUCCUGAGGUAAAACCUCAUGAUCUGACAGGCGAGGAAAGAUUUUUUAUGAAAAAGAUGGCUCAGAAAAAGUUGAAUUAUGUUCCACUUGGAAGAAGAGGGGUGUUUGGAGGUGUUAUCCUGAACAUGCAUAUGCAUUGGAAGAAGCAUGAAACUGUAAAAGUAAUUUGCAAUUCCUGCAAACCUGGACAAGUACAUGAAUAUGCUGAGGAAAUUGCCAGAUUGAGUGGUGGGUUACCUAUACAGAUUGUCGGAGAUGACACCAUUAUAUUUUAUCGAGGGAAGAACUAUGUGCAGCCAAAAGUUAUGUCUCCAAUAGAUACAUUGUCCAGAAAAAGGGCAUGGGAAAAAUCAAAGUACGAGCAAUCACUCGAAUCUGUGAGGCAUUUCAUUGCAAUUGCAGAAAAGGAAUUAGAGCUCUACUAUCGACACAUUGCUCUUUAUGGUGAUCCAACUGAUAGGAAUCCGCUUUCCAUUUUGGACAAUCCAACAGAAGAUUUCAAGGAAUCUGAGGUACUUCAAAAGAAAAGCAAUUAUGAGGCGUCUUUUCGCGUACUUCCUCCAGGUGUUGAUGAUUCCACAGAUAAUGAACUAUCAGAAAUAGAAGACGAAAACUUAUCCGAAAGUGAAUCAGAUUCUACGGAUAGAUUAAGUGAUGAUUCGGAUGAUGAAGAAACAGAAAGAGAAGGCAUAAUGUCCUUGAUGACAGAUGUGAGAUCCUCCACUAUGUUAGGUAAAUCAGCAAAGUUUGAGAAUCAUUUUGACAUUGAAAAUCAUAAUUGUGCCAAGAUAAAUAAAGUGUUGAUAUGAACUUUUCUGUCAAUUGAUUCCCUGAAUUUAUUUACUUUUAUCAAUUAAUCCAGCUUUUUGGUUAA